CACGGCCGGUAGUCCCUCGCGCAUCGUCAGUGCUCUGUGAGCGUGGAAUCCACCUCUUGGAUGUCUGCAGGCCCCGGUUCCCUAUUUAAGGGUUUCACCGGCUGUGAUCUUCUGUCGGUAUAUGGGACUGUGAAUGGCAAUGUGACAUUCUCUCCAUCAAAACCGACUUCUGAGCCGUUCACUGAAAUCCUGUGGACGAAGCAAAAGGACAAAGUCGUCGAAUGGGAGCAAGCGGAGCAAAAAGAUUUCCCGCCUUUUGAGAAGCGGGUGCGUUUGAACACGACGUCCGGCGAACUCACGGUCUUAAACUUACGGCCAUCCGAUGAAGACGAGUAUAAAAUCGAGUCGCUGCCACCUGUCCCAGGUGCCACCCGCUUCUUUCUUCAUGUGCUGGAGCCUCUUCCACCUCCUACACUCAAUUGCACAUCGGCUAAUGGAAACAUUACAAUCCGCUGCAGCACUCUGGAGCAUCACAACCGCCAUCCACAACUCAUAACGUACUCAUGGGAUUGUUCUUCAGAACAGUGUAAAAAUAUCUCCAUAGCUGAAAUAUCUUUUAAGAUAGGAACUGAUCUUAGACAGGAAGUAAAGUGUAUUGUCAAAAAUCCAUUAUCCAGAAAUGCAUCAUCAAUCAUUUUGGCAGCCUGCGUCUCAAGCAGAGCUCACUCGAGGCAUAGGCUUCCCCUCAUAGCAGCACCUUUUGCCAUAAUUAUAACAUGUAUUGUGCUAUAUAGAAACGGUACUCUGAAAUGUGGCAGAGAAACAGACAGAACCAACUCCAGUUGAUUGGUAACAGAAGAUGAAACCAAAGGCAUAGUAAUUAAAUUAUUUGAAGAACUUUAAAAAGCCAUCUCAUAUCUCCUUUGAGUAUUACGCCUUAAGGAAACUUUGGGUGUCUCACCGGAAGCAGACCUUUGUCAGCAGCUAUUUUUUUAAAAGAAGAAAUAUCAACGAACAAAAACAAGGAUUAGCUACACUGUCACCAGCACAUUACGUGACAAGGUGCUUGCAUUCUUUCUAAGAAGUUAUUUUUAUUGGGGAGAAUCUUUUGUAAAUAAUAGAUGCAAAUAUGUAUGUAUUGUCCUGUUAAGACAAAGCUUCGCGUGCCUUUUCAGAAACCGACUUCUCUUCUCUUUAGCAAUAAUUCACUGCAGUCUGUCAUGGGAUCAGAGACUAAUACUCACCCUUGUUGUGUCUCUGGAUGUUGAUAAAAGGCAAGAAAGCACACGGGUCAGCCAAGGAUGAUGGCUCUUUGGGAGGCUGAGACUGGAGAGUCGAGUGCAGCAGGGGAAGACCAGCUUGGGCAGUACAGGGAGACUUCAUCUCAACAAAAAUAAAAAAGUCAGCCAAGCGUGAUGCUGCUGGUCGUCCUAGCUGCGCAGGAAGCUGAGUGGGGAGGAGCACCUGAGCCCAGAAGGUUGAGGCUGCAAUGAGCGGGCAUUCCACUGAAUGUCAGCCUGGGUGACAGAGCAAGACCGCAACUCAGAAAUGAAAGAACACAUGGCAUUCGGGUCUUUUCUGCCGCCUCUUUUGAAAAGGCCGAUCACCAUCCAGUGCAGUCUGCAACGUGGGCGGGGCAGGGGGACCGCUCUCACCGGGACCACUCCACCCACCUGUUGACUGUCAUGACAGGUGGCUGCCGUGCUGGGCAGUACCCAGCACGCAGCACUCGGAACACUGUGCCGUCACAGGCAAACACCGAGUGGCAGCCGCUCCUGAGGGCUGCUGCCCCGUCAGGCUGGAGACUCGCGGAAGGAAUUCCAGGGGCCACCGGCUCGAGAUCAAAGGCGCUGAAGCGCUCACUCUGGUUUCUGUGACAGCUGGUGGGGCGCCGGGGGCCGCCAUCCCCCGGGAGGUGUCCUGCUCCCUCUGCUGCCCUUCAGGGAAAAGGACCUCAACAGGUGAACACGGAUGACAGCUGGGGAGUACAAGGGGUUUGGGGGGAGGAAUAUUCUGAAAUUGGUUAUUAUGGUGGUUGCUAUACAACUCUGAAUGUUCUAAAAAAAAAUAGAAGUGUACACUUUAAGUGAAUGCCUUGUGUAUAUGGGAUAUACUUCGAUCCCACUGUUAUUUAAGAAAAAAUAAAGAUUAAAAGGGGAUUGCAUCCUGA